GGGGCGGGGCAGAAACUCCUAGCUAGCUAGCUAGCUUAGUGCAGUGCAGUCAGUCACUCUUCGAUCUUCUCAACAAGAAUCAUCAUCAUGUCUGGACGUGGAAAAGGAGGAAAAGCUCGUGCCAAGUCCAAGACUCGAUCUGCUCGUGCUGGUCUACAGUUUCCAGUUGGUCGUGUUCACCGUCUACUCAGACAAGGCAACUAUGCUGAGAGAAUUGGAGCAGGAGCCCCUGUCUACCUCGCUGCCAUCAUGGAGUACCUAGCUGCUGAGAUCCUCGAGUUGGCUGGUAAUGCUGCCAGAGACAACAAGAAACAAAGAAUAAACCCAAGACAUCUCCAACUUGCUAUCCGAAACGAUGAGGAGCUGAACAAACUCUUAGCUGGAGUCACGAUUGCCCAAGGUGGUGUCCUUCCCAACAUCCAAGCUGUUCUGUUGCCCAAGAAGAGUGGCAGCAGUGGAAAGCCAUCAUCACAAAGUCAAGAAUUCUGAACUCAUCUCACACCCCUUUGAACAAUUGUCUUGUUGCAUUAUUUACAUGUAAAUCUAUACUCUCAAAAAUGUACUCUCAUCUCAAUCUCACGUUUUUCUAAUGUGUUGACAUAAUACUUACAUCUCGUUGUCUUAGUAUUAAUAUUGUACAUG